AUGGUUGACAAAUCAUCAUGCCAGAUGACACGUCAAAAACAAUUGAAGGAAGAAAAAUGGAACCGUCAGAUUGGAAAUAAUCCUAGAUUAGGUUUGGCUUCGAAUAAUAGACACCUGAGAUAUCAAUUGGCUAGGCGGUUGCGUCACUCAAAGAAUUUCAAAAAUGUUAAUCCAAGAAGAUAUAAAAACUCAGCACAGAUUAAACAUGUUUUAACCACAAGGGAUAAAUUAAAGAAUAUAUGGCAUAGUAUAAAGUUAUUGUUUACUUCUGAUGAUGAUGUGUACUAUCACGGGUUGGAAUCAAGCACAUCUAAUAACGAGAAUCAGUAUUAUUAUAACCCUAUUACGAAAAGCAGAACUACACCCAAUCUAAGUAUACCUUCUUCUUAUACAAGAGAGGAUUCAUCUCGUUCCACAAUUGACACUACGUUAGAGUAUAUGCCAGUUCAACAAGAAAAUGUCUCCAUAUUUGAAGAUAAUUUAGUGGGUCAUGAACCAAAAACUAAAAGUAUUAACAGUCAUAACGAUAACAAUGGUGAUGAUGAUGAUAAUACCAAUAAUGCUGAACAAUACAAUGGUACAAAGGAAGAUCCACGUGAUGAGACUAUUGUCAAAUUAAAAGAGCAAGUGGUUUUAUUGAAGAAAAAGUUGAAGUACGCAAGAGAGAAAAACACUCUAUACAAAUCUUUACUAGAUGAAGCAAACAUUGGAACUACCUACUUAGAAUCACGCAGACAUAUUAAAAACCUUGUCAGAGAUAACAUGAAACCUGAAUCUGAAUUACCGCCUUCACCUGAAAGAAAAGUAUACCCCUUGGUAACGUCAAGUCCGAUUAGACAGAAUAUAGGUGCUACCAACAUCACAAGUGCAAACAAGCCGACUUCCUCAUCUUCUACCACUUCCUACCAUAAUGAUGCAGUGCAAGCUCCACCUCAGAUGAAAAGUUAUUAUAAUAAAUAUCCGAAAUUGCCACACACAGAGUCUCUUAUAAAAAGAGAACCAGCAAAUAACGAUGAGGAGAAUAAGGAACAACGUCUAUAG